AUGGUUAAGGCUAGAAAAAUCGCCAUAGUCGGCUCGCGGUCCGUUGGCAAGCUGUCCAUGACGGUUCGCUAUGUCGAAGACCACUUUGUUGAGUCGUACUACCCUACUAUCGAAAACCAGUUUUCAAAGACCAUCAACUACAAGAACCAGGAAUAUGCCAUAGAGAUCUUGGACACUGCGGGUCAGGAUGAGUUUUCCAUCAUGAAUGAGAAACACCUCAUUGGUAUCCAUGGAUACCUUCUUGUCUACUCUGUAACAUCACGCCAGUCGUUUGAAUUGAUUGACGUUAUCCGUGACAAGAUUCUUAAUCUGAUUGGCUCCGACUCCAUUCCCAUGGUUUUGAUUGGUAAUAAGUGCGACUUGAACUUCCAAAGACAAGUGGAGACCUCGGAAGGAGAGGAGUUAGCACGCAAGUUCAAAUGUAACUUCUUGGAGACGUCUGUGUGUGACAACAUCAACGUCAAGAAGUCGUUUGAAUCCUUAAUAGACGAAAUUGAGCGCAUCCAGAAUCCUGAGGUGGCUAAGCAGGAGAAGUGCGUCAUUAUGUGA